AUGCUGGUGAAGGGCGGCGCGGAGCGCUCCAAGGUGAACGCACGGAUCCAGAGGACUUUGGGCCACUACGAGGUUAUCAUGGGCUUGCCUGCUGCCUGCUUUUGGGAGGAGCUUGUCCAGGCUUUCCCCAAGGCCAAGGUCAUCUUGACGGAUCUGGAGGAGGACCAGUGGUGGCUGUCCACGUCGAAGGCCAAAGAGGCCUUGGCACGGGACGUACCUGGAGUUCCCCUCAACAACAGCCCGGUGAGACAUUGGCUGCAGCGCAUCUUCGCACCAUCUUAUGGCAAGUUCUGCGCAUUCUUGCGCUUCUACUGGGCCGCAAAGCUUGGCUACAGUGAGGGGCAGGUAAGUGAGCAUGUCGCGCGGCGGCGCUUUCGGGAGCACACCUCCUACGUCAAGGCUCGAAUGGCGUCCGCCUACGACGCGAGCCACUUGUUGGUGUACAACGUGAUGGACGGCUGGACGCCGCUCUGCAGCUUCUUGGGGCUGAAGGAGCCAGAAGAUGGUUUCCCAGAAGUGCGAUACAAGAACCGAGACAAGAGCCAACCGGAAUGGUUCGGGCGGGUCACGGGCAUGACGCUCCUUUUCCAUCCUGAUGGGGUGAUGAUCUCGCUCUUGCGGAGAGAGCUGCUGUCCAACGCCGUGACUGGCUUUUCCUUUGCGACGCUGCUGCUCUUUGUGCUUUUUCUGCUUGAGGGUCCCACGCCUGCUGGACUGGUCUACCUUGCAGUACUCGGUACCAUCUGGACAGCUUACGUGGUCAUGUACGAGACCAUGUAUAAAAUACCCUUCCUCUUUGUCCUCUCCACAACACUCAAGUGCCUGCUGAUCGCCGGCUCCUUGCAAACAAGCAGCGUCAUCUACGGGGUGCUCAAGGAGCAGGCAAGAAGUCGCUUCCAGAGACAAGAUCCCUUCGGCUCUGGUGCUUCUCACGAAUCGACUUACGUCGACGGCCUGCUGUUGCUGGCCACCACCAAGCGCGUCAGCCUGGGUGCAAGCCCGCUAGCCUUCUCCUCCUUCGCGGUGACCAACGAGGUCUCUUCCUGGGCCGGAUAUGAGGUCAUGAGAUACUUCUCCUAUCGCGUGCAGGUAAUGUCGAAGUCCGCGAAAAUGCUUCCGACGAUGAUCGUUGGGCGAGCCUGGCUUGGCAAGCGCUACUCACCGCCGGAGCACCUCGGCAGUCCAGAGAAGGGCGAUCUCGUGUGCAGGUACCUUCGUGCUGUCUUGGCACUCUGCUGUGUCUUCGCCAUGCAUUGCGCCGACGAGUGGGACCGUACCCACCCUGAAGACCAGCCACGGAGUGAAGCGAAGCAACCGCAAGAGUGGCUGAUGGGAGUUCUCAUGCUCGGGAUUUUCUUCAUUGCAGACAGCUACACCUCAACCAUACAGGAGGGCCUCUAUCAGGAGAAGGGGCUGACGGAAGUACAGAUGAUGCUUGGCGGUAACUUGCUCGGGCUCACCGUGUCCAUGGCGCGCAUCGCAUCCUCCUUCUCAAAGAUUUCUGCUUCCAUCGACAACAUGUCCAUGUCCUCACAGGGCUUGGGGAUGUUCUGGCGUCUCUUAGGCCUCGGCGCCUUGGCUGUGACAGUUUUGAUUGAGGCGAACACAAGGGGUACUACAGGAGUAUCAAGACAAGUUACUGCAAGGGCUAUUAUAUUGGGUUACUGCUGGGUAAAGAGAGACUGUCACAUGUCAGGCCCGGUGCACAGCGGCGGAUGCCUGCAUCCACAUGCCGGGAGGGAGGGCGAGAGAGAGAGAGAGAGAGAGAGAGAGAGAGAUAUAUAUAUAUAUGUGUGUGUGUGUCAGUACCUAACAUUGGGUGCUUUUCGGCAUGGCUAG